AAGUUUAAUUCAUGGUCAUAUUCUUUAGCACUGUGUUAUCCCAUCCUGUUGUGUGCUUUUGUGUUUUUGUUUGUUAUACUGUUAUACAUCUUGAACCGGGGGUCUAUCGGAAAUAACCUCUCUACUUCAUCUGAGGUAGUGGUAUGGACGGCGUACACUUUACCCUCCCAAAACCCGACUUUGCGGGAAUACACCGGGUAUGACUGGGAAAAUACUUGUAAUUCUCUUCAUUGGUGUCUUGGCAUUUGUUUAUCAAGCAAUUACGCCACCUCCUCCGCGAAUUUGUGGUUCCCUCAAUGGCCCUCCGAUCACUGCACCGCGUAUAAAACUCUCCGAUGGAAGGCAUUUGGCUUAUAAAGAACAAGGUGUUGAUAAAGCUCAAGCAAAGUACAAGAUUGUGUUCAUCCAUGGAUUCGACUGUUGUAGGCAUGAUGUCGCUUUCACCAGCACCCUUUCUCUUGAUGUUAUCGAGAGUUUGGGUAUAUACAUUGUAUCGUUUGAUCGACCUGGUUAUGGAGAAAGCGAUCCUCAUCCACAACGAACACCUAAGACCUUAGCGCGUGACGUUGAGGAACUAGCCGAUCAAUUGAAACUAGGAUCCAAAUUCUAUGUAACAGGAUUUUCGAUGGGCGGACAAGCAGUAUGGGGCUGUCUAAAAUACACUCCUCAUAGAUUGGCCGGAGCAGCGCUUCUAACGCCUGUCGCUAACAUAUGGUGGCCUGGUUUUCCUGCAAACUUGACGGAGAAAAUAUACUACGAUAUGCCAGCACCGGACCUGUGGACAGUUCGCGUUGCACACUAUCUUCCGUGGCUGACUUACUGGUGGAACACACAGAAAUUUUUUCCUUCUUCUAGCGUCGCAGCUCACAACCCGGUCAUCUUUUCAACUCAAGAUAUGCAAUUGGCACCGAGGUUUGAUGCCUCGCAAGAUCCAUAUCGGGCACAGAUAAGGCAACAAGGGGAGUUCGAGUCCAUCCAUCGCGACAUGAUGAUUGGAAUUAAAACUUGGGAAUUCGACCCUAUGGACCUCGAGGACCCGUUCCCUAACAACGAAGGCUCUGUUCACAUAUGGCAAGGCGAUGAGGACGGCUUAGUAUCAGUCGUUCUGCAACGAUAUGUUGCAGAACGACUACCGUGGAUUCGAUAUCAUGAACUUAAAGGUAGUGGUCACUUGUUUCCUUAUGAAGAUGGAAUGGGAGAUAAGAUUAUGAAGACAUUCUUACUUGGAGAAACCUUUGUUCUAUAAAGGUAUAUUAACGUUUCUGUUGCUCGUAUUCUUCAAAACUGUCUUUCAGUAUCAGUAUCUGACGUCAGAUCCUCCAAAAGUUAUGUAUAUUUGGAGAAUAUUUAGUUAAACUAUUGUUCUUUAUUAUAUUUUUCCUAAUGAUUCAAAUUAUUAUAA